AUUGUACGAAAAUGGAGAAGGGUUUCGCACAACACUACCUAGAGUGCACAUUGUGCGAGGCUAACGCAGUAUUCUACUGUAACACAUGCCAGUUUGAUCUCUGUCAAACAUGUAAAAUACGCCAUCAGACAAAAAAGCCAACAAAAAACCAUGACGUUGUUCUAUAUAGUGAAAGGAGACCUGCAUCUUCUCCAGAACCCUGCAUAAUACACCUGGACAAGAUGUAUGACGCAUACUGUCCGAAAUGCAUUACACCAGUUUGCAUGAAAUGCGUGAUGGAGAAACAUGUUGGACACGAAUUAAAAGAUUUGAGAACGGCAUUCCAAGAUAAAGUGGAGGAAAUCAUGGAAAAAAUGCCAGCAUGCGAAGAAAAUCUUAUCCCCAGAUACAAAGAUAUGGUCAGAGAUCUCAAUGAUAAAAAGGAGAAAUGCACAUUAGAAAUUCUGAAAAUAAAGAAUAUUUUGGAAUUUGAAGCAGAAGAGAUAAAGAAACUGGUAGAUGCAAUUUUGAAAGAAAAAAAGAAUAACUUGGACGGAAUACAGAAGACACUUAUGGAAGAUUUCACUCAACAGGAGACGAAAAUAAACACUUAUAUCACACAAACGCAGAGUUUUGGAAGGGAUUUUGAAAGAUGGAAGGAGACAACAGAAUAUGCUAGUUUCCUGUCAAUGGACUUGGAAACGCGCUUAGCGGAACUGAAGGACGCUCCAAAAAUAAAGGAAAUGUCGUUUCCGAAUUUCAAGGAAAACAAGAUUAAGAAAAAUGAUAUCGAAAAUAUGUUCAGUUCCGUUAGUCUGGGGAAGGAGUUGAACGUACCAGAAUGUAUGCUAUUGAGUAGAAUCACCAAAGGCUUCCAUCUUUCAUAUCAAAAAAGUGGACGCAUCUGGAUGAGUGACUUCUAUCGCACACUACUUCAAACUGAUCUUGAUGGCAACAUUUUGAAUACAGUAGAUGUAAAGGGAGGUGGUGUCGGUUUUCAUACCGUCUCCAAAGAAGGCGACUUGCUUUUCACAGACCAGGAAAAUGGAUGCCUCAACAAGAUUAAACACGAUGGCUCAGUGGAACGUAUUUUUCCAAUAAAAAAUUUGGUUCCUAUCUGCGUCCAUGCCAGUAAAAUUAAUGGCGAUAUCCUCGUAGGAAUGACAAACACAAGGGAGAACAAAGUAGCAAGGUACAACAAAAGCAACGAAGAGGUCCAGAAAAUAGAGAAAGAUGAUAAUGGAGAUGUUUUAUUCUCAAGUAUCUUUUAUAUUACUGAAAACUUUCAAGGCGACAUUUGCGUUUCUGACAAUAGAAAGAAGACAGUAGUGGUCGUAAGCAAGACUGGAAAGCACCGUUUUAACUACACGGGGGAUCCAUUGGGAACCUUAGGGCACCCAUGGGGGAUUUGCACGGAUGCACAUGGUCAUAUUCUCGUAUGCGAUCCAAACAACAAAAGAAUCCAUAAGCUUGAUACUGAUGGCAGACUACUCUGCUACAUUCUCACCCAUGUCAAUUUCCAAGAAGGAGCACCAGUUGGAAUUUGUCUCGACCAAAAUAACGAUUUAUGGAUUGGAAAUUGGAAAAAUGCAACCAUCAAAAGAUUCGGAUUUUAAAAAAUGAUCCAAAAAUUGAAAAGUUUUAAAACUUGAACAAUAUCCUAAAGACCA